AUGAAGGCAACGAAGAGGCCGAUCCAAGCGGUGGCGACAUGGGUGAGGAGGCAACCGCCAAAGAUCAAGGCGUUUUUGGCUGUGGUUUCAGGGUUGGCAGCUUUGGUUUUUCUUAGAAUGGUUGUUCAUGAUCAUGACAACCUGUUUGUUGCAGCUGAGGCCGUUCAUUCUAUUGGAAUCUCUGUUCUUAUUUAUAAGCUCAUGAAGGAGAAGACUUGUGCUGGACUUUCAUUGAAAUCACAGGAGCUAACAGCUAUAUUUUUAGCUGUUAGGCUCUAUUGCAGUUUUGUCAUGGAGUAUGACAUACACACUCUACUUGAUUCGGCUACCUUGCUGACAACCCUUUGGGUAAUCUAUAUGAUCCGCUUCAAUUUGAGGUCCAGUUACAUGGAAGACAAAGAUAACUUUGCAAUUUACUAUUUGGUGAUACCAUGUGCUGUGCUAGCUUUGGUUUUUCAUCCAACAACACAACAUCACAUUGUCAACAGGGUUUGCUGGGCUUUUUGUGUUUACCUUGAAUCCAUUUCAGUGUUGCCUCAGCUACGAGUAAUGCAGAACACAAAGAUUGUUGAACCAUUCACAGCACAUUACGUAUUUGCACUUGGAGUCGCUAGGUUUUUGAGUUGUGCACAUUGGGUCCUCCAGGUAUUGGACACUCGAGGGCGCCUAUUGACGGCCCUGGGCUAUGGACUGUGGCCUUCCAUGGUCCUACUUUCAGAAGUUGUGCAGACUUUCAUUCUUGCUGAUUUUUGCUACUACUACGUCAAGAGUGUUCUUGGUGGACAACUUGUCCUACGGCUCCCCUCAGGAGUGGUAUAA